GAAGGGGCGUUUUUUUGGCUAGGGCGCCAGGCCACUCUCCCAUAUAAAACAGAAGCCUUCCCAAAACCACUUACUUUCUGGCUUGUGAGCAGCGAAAACCCUAGCUAGCCUGAGCCGACGACCCCGAAGCUCCAGAUCUCGUCUCCCUCUUCUGGAAAAUCAUGACUUUCAAGCGCCGAAAUGGUGGUCGUAACAAGCACGGCCGUGGACACGUCAAGUUCAUCCGCUGCUCUAACUGCGGCAAGUGCUGCCCUAAGGACAAGGCCAUCAAGAGGUUCUUGGUGAGGAACAUUGUUGAGCAAGCUGCGGUUAGAGAUGUCCAGGAAGCUUGUGUCUAUGAGCAAUACACUCUGCCAAAAUUGUAUGCCAAGAUGCAGUACUGCGUUUCCUGCGCAAUUCACUCUCACGUUGUGAGGGUGCGAUCUCGCACCAACAGGAGGAACCGUGAGCCACCACAGCGAUUCAUCAGACGCAGGGAUGAUGCCCCAAGGCCUGGUCAGCCUGGCCAAGGUCCUCGACCUGCUGGUGCCCCUGUUCCUGCUCGUACUUGAAUAAGCAUUUCAAUCCUUUGAUUAUGUGAUCGAUGUUUCCCAGUAGCUACACAAUUUUCUGGACUUGAGUUUUGUGUAGGAAGUUUUUGUGAUUCCCAUGCUAUUUUCAUACUUUUUAAGGAUAAAACUGAUGUUAUGGAUGUUUUGAUUUGAUGAUAAUGCAAACCUUAGAAUUUGUUAUUAUGGUUU